AUGAUUGGAAAUUUGCAAACCAAGGAGAAGCAAGAAAUAGACCAGAAAGUUGUUGAUCUCGGCGGAAUGCACAAGUAUGAUCUUACGCCAGACGUCACGCACCUCAUUGUCGGCGACUACGACACACCCAAGUACCGCCAUGUCGCACGCGAGCGAACCGACAUCCUGGCCAUGGACGCCACAUGGAUCGAUGCCCUGUCCGACCUAUGGAAAAACGACGAACCGAUCGACUUUCUGGCUUUGGAGAGGCUGCAUCAGCUGAAGCCACUGGAAACGCGAGGGUCGAUACCGCCUACGCACGAUGCUGCGCCUGGGAGACAGUCGCUGCUCGUGUGCUUGACAGGCUUUGGGCAUGAUCGGGACGCUAUCGCGGAGAGGAUUGUUCUCUAUGGAGGGAAGCACACAGAUGAUCUAACGAGGCGCUGUACUCAUUUGAUUGUCAGCAAGCCCGAGGGGAAGAAGUUCACAGCGGCCAGAUCGUGGAAUAUCAGGACGGUGACCCUCAAUUGGCUGGAUGCGACUAUCGCUCGAGGCAUGAUCCUGGACGAAUCUAAGUACGACCCACUUCUACCUCCCGAGGAGCAAGGCGUUGGCGCAUGGAUCAAAAGAGAUGUCCGGCGCCCGUCGUUGGGCAAGAGAUCCAGAACUAGCGCUGGAACGGCCGAAGAGGGGAAGCGGAAGCUGCGUAAGACGGCCAGCAUGAGACUCACCUCGGAGCGGAGCAACCUCUUGGGCGAUAUUCUAGGACGAUCAGACUCGAGGGAAUACUCUUUUGCGAAGCCGGCAACAGACACGGAAACGCAGCAGACACCAAAGCAGGCACCUUUGGCGCCCCCUCGACCCAAGUCCAUAUUCUCAGAUUGUGCGUUCUACAUCCAUGGUUUCAAUGAGCAGCGGACUGCCGUGUUAGCGCAGACUAUUCAAGGGAUCGAUGGUGUAAUUGCAUCAACAAUCCCCGAGGUUGCAAACACGAAAGACGCAUCAUAUCGAUUCCUCGUGGUACCACAGACGUCCCAACCCGAAUCGCAUCCCCGCGCACCGUCCAAUCAAGUACACUUUAUCACUGAAUUCUACAUUGAGAAAUGCCUCCAGAACAAAAAGUUCUUUCCGCCGGAUGACGAAGAUCCUCUAGGGCGGCCAUUCCCAGUCUUCCCCAUCGCCGGAUUCUCCUACCUAAGGGUUUGCAGCGCAGCUUUCACAGGCAUCGAACUGAGCCAGGUUGCAAGAGCCAUCAAGCAGCUCGGUGCCAGUUUCGAGGAGCAAUUCCGCAGGUCGACAAGUGUCCUGAUCUGCAAGUCUCUCGGUGCCAUGAGGAAAGACAAACUCAAGGCUGCCAUGGCAUGGGGUGUACCGGUCGUGUCGGCGAACUGGCUAUGGGAAUGUAUUGCUACGGGCUACAACGUCCCAUUCGACGCCUUCAUCUACCCGGAGAUAAGGUCACACCUCCGGAAUCGACCAUCGUCGCCGGAAGAAACCUUGACCACAAAACCACGGCUCGACCAGCAUCGUCCUGUCCAGAGGGUGCAUUCAGAAUCCGCGGCGAAGACAUCAUGGCAGCGCUCACAAGAACAGCAAAGCAAACCUGACCCUACCGCUUUCCAGAGUGAGGAACAGAGGACUGCGAAAAGGCCUGUGGCACAGGACCCGACGAUAUCCGCCGAUUUUACCACACCCAACACCCAUCCAGCAACUGCCGUUUUCGACCCGCCGUUGACUGAACUCUCCGCAGCAUCCCUCAACAAAUCGCCUUCGUCUCCCAAGCCGGCACGUAGCAAAUCCGAACCUGCAAAGAAUGACGACGAAGACCCUCCUCUGACGAAAGACAACGUGGCUACAGGAGGCGAAGGCGGUGAUGAGAGCGAGCAGGCGGAAGCCUCACGGUGCAAGGCCGCCAAAGCCGCCGAGCGCCAGGCCCUCUCCUCGAAACUCACCACUUUGCUCUCCGCAUCCACAUCGGCCGCAAGCGCAGAGAUGGAGGAGCCGACGGCACGACCGCGAAAGCGUCAGAUCCUUGGCCGGGCCGUGAGCAACGUGUCGGCAGGGAGCAGCGCGGCCUCGGCGCCCGCCACGGCGGCCCUGGAAGACGAGGGCAAUAAAACGCCGCCCAGGACGCAAAUUGGAUACGCCGACCCCGACGCUACGGAUCACAAGGCGGCUCUGAUUGAUCGAAUGAUGGGAGGAACGGGUGAUUUGGGCAAGACGAACAAGGCAGCCAAAGGCGCUAUUGUGGGCGCGCGAUCGUUGCGUAAACGAUGA